AAUGUCGUUUUUAUCAUCAAACAAUCAUACAUGUACGAAUGAAAUUCCACAAUCAAACAGUCAUCAUCAACGGAAUAAUCAAUAAAAAUGGCACUUGGCCUAAAUCUAUUGAUAGCAUCAUUGCCGGCAUUAAUACCGAUGACGGCAUUCUGGUUUUAUGCUGUCACACAACCACCUGUAUCCAAAAGAUAUUGGGAUUCGCAAUAUGAUUAUAUUGUUGUCGGUGCCGGAUCAGCUGGCUGUGUUGUUGCUAGUCGUUUAUCUGAAGAUCCAAAAAUUAAAGUUUUACUAUUGGAAGCCGGUGGUUCGGAAAGUCUUGUUUCGGAUAUUCCACAGACACCUGUUAUGAUGCAAGGUACACCAUUAGAUUGGCAAUAUGAAACUGUACCACAAGAAAAUGCUUGUUAUGGUCUUGAAGGGCGACGAUCAAAAUGGCCUAGAGGUAAAGUUUUAGGCGGUUCAUCUGCCAUUAAUUACAUGAUGUAUGUAAGAGGUAAUCGUCAUGAUUUUGAUGAUUGGUCUGCUAAAGGCGCUUAUGGAUGGUCAUAUCGAGAAGUGUUACCAUAUUUUAUACGUGCUGAAGAUAAUCAAGAUCCGGACAUUGCAUACAAUGGCUUUCACGGACGUGGUGGCCCAUUGACUGUACAACGAAGUAAAAUGGUCAGUCCAUUGGCCUAUACGUUUGUUGAAGCCGGAAAACAAUUUGGUUAUCCAAACAUCGAUGUAAAUGGACGAACGCAGUUUGGAUUCACAAUACCUCAGGCUACAAUUCGUCGUGGUGGCCGUUGUUCAUCGGCGAAAGCCUAUUUACUUGGUGAUGCACGUUAUCGUGCCAAUUUGCACGUAGUCACAUUUGCCUUUGUCAUCAGAGUAUUAUUCAAUGAUCUUAAAGAGGCGGUCGGUGUGGUGUUUGAUCGAUUGGGUGAACGACAUCAAGUGUUCGCCACUCGUGAAGUGAUAUUAUCGGCCGGUUCUAUUGGUUCGGCGCAACUUCUCAUGCUAUCAGGUGUCGGUCCCCGUAGCGAACUUAGCCGGCAUGGAAUCCCUGUCCUUUCGGAUUUACCAGUUGGUCAUAAUCUUCAAGAUCACAUUUAUCCAUUAGGAUUAAACUUUAUCGCUGAUGAUUCAUUACGGCCAAAAGGUGUGACAUGGACGUAUAUUCAAUCGCGUGUCCAUACGUUACCCAACAUAUUGAAAUAUGUGUCAUUUGCCAAAGGUCCAAUAGCAUCAAUCGGUGCAUUAGAAGGACUCGGAUUUAUUCGUACAAGCUUUGCCAAUCGUACAUUUCCAGAUUGGCCAGAUUUUCAAAUCCAUUUUCUUUCCGGCUGUAUUUCAUCUGAUGAUGGCUAUGUAUUCCGUAGAAACAUCGGUAUCACGGAUUUUCAAUGGCAAAAAUCAUUUUUCCCAUUUGUACAGAAAGAAUGUUUCACGUUAUUGCCUGUCAUGUUAAAGCCAAAAAGUGUUGGAUAUAUUAAACUUCGAAGUGCCAAUCCAUAUCAUCACCCCAUAAUAAAUCCACGAUAUUUUACUCAUCCAGAAGAUUUGGAAAAAAUGGCCGAUGCUAUGGAAAUUUCAUUUAGAAUUGGAAAUUCAGCACCGUUUCGGCAAAAAUACAAUUCAAAACCAAGUGAAAUUGUUGUACCAGGAUGUGAAUUAUAUCCAUUAUAUAGUCGUAACUAUAUGAAAUGUUUAGCUCAAAUAUUCACCGUAACUAUUUAUCAUCCAGUCGGUACUUGUAAAAUGGGUAGUCCAAGUGAUCCAACAGCAGUCGUUGAUCAUGAACUUCGUGUAAAAGGUGUACGACGAUUACGUGUAGUUGAUGGAUCGGUAAUGCCAAGAAUAACUAGUGGAAAUACAAAUGCACCGAUCAUUAUGAUUGGUGAAAAAGCAUCAGAUCUGAUACGAGGAUUUUAUGUUACACCGCGAAUGGGUUUUAGUAAUAUAAUCAACCUUUAUACAAAUAAUAUUGCCAUUGGAUAAAUGAGUAUAUCGUCUUUCUAUUUACCGGGAAUAUGAAUUGUUUUUUUCAUAGUCAUAACGAUUCGCCAUCAAAAUUGAU